GGACAGAGCACGGUGACGUCCCUGGAAGCUGACGUGCCCGCGGGGUGGCAGUGAUCAUGUCGGAGGAGGCCUUGGGGCGGCGGCGGGCGCUGCGGCGGCAGCGGCGGCUGGCACGGGAGCAGCCUGGGGAGCUGACGGGGGAGCAGCGGGAGCUCAUCGGCAUCCUCAUCGCGGCGCACCAGCGCACCUUCGACUCCAGCUUCUCCCAGUUUGCGCACUACCGGCCCGCCGUGCGCCUCUACAUCCCCAGCCCGCGCUCCCCGAGCCCGUCGGGGCCGAGCGCGGCCUCGGUGCCGUCGCCGCAGCUCGAGUGCCUGGACGAGGACGUGCUGCCCGACGUCUUCUCCAUGCUGCCGCACUUCGCCGACCUCAGCACCUUCAUGAUCCAGCAGGUCAUCAAAUUCGCCAAGGAGAUCCCGGCUUUCAGGGGUUUGCCCAUCGACGACCAGAUCUCGCUGCUCAAAGGGGCCACGCUGGGGAUCUGCCAGAUCCAGUUCAACACGGUGUUCAACGAGGAGACCAACGCCUGGGAGUGCGGGCAGCACUGCUACACCAUCCAGGACGGGGCCCUGGCCGGCUUCCAGCAGAUCUACCUGGAGCCGCUGCUCAAGUUCCACAUCAGCCUGAAGAAGCUGCGGCUGCACGAGGCCGAGUACGUCCUGCUGCAGGCCAUGCUGCUCUUCUCGCCAGACCACGCCAGCGUCGCCCAGCGGGACUUCAUCGACCAGCUGCAGGAGAAGGUGGCCCUCACGCUCAAGAGCUACAUCGACCACCAGCACCCCAUGCCCGAGGGCAGGUUCCUUUACGCCAAGCUGCUGCUGCUGCUGACGGAGCUGCAGACGCUGAAGGUGGAGAACACGCGGCAGAUCCUGCACAUCCAGGACCUCUCCUCCAUGACGCCGCUGCUCUCCGAGAUCAUCAGCUAAAACCCGCGCCGCUCCCC